CGCUCUUACGCAUAAGCCCCGCCCUAGAAUGCUCGAACAUGGCUGGACUGAUCUGAAAUCUUCAGAGGAGGAGUUCAGUUUUAGGCUGAAGAUGGCUCUUAUGAGGUGUCUCCUGCCCCCGGGUUUCUACAGGACCCUAUAUCACCCCUGGACCAGGUGUGCGUCCUCAGGAACCCUUCAAAUUAAAGAUCCACUGAACUUCUGGUGUGGUGCCCGGGUCGACCUUAAAGAUGUGAAGACCAAAUCUGAACCAGUAUUUGAGCCUGCAACAGGUCGUGUCCUCUGCCGGCUGCAGACGUGUGGGUCAGCAGAGGUUGAUGCAGCGGUUAGAAACGCCAGUGCUGCUUUUAAAGUCUGGAGGAAACUGUCAGGCAUGGAAAGAGCCAGAGUGAUGCUGGAGGCCGCUCGACUCAUUGAGAAGAGAAGAGAGGAGAUCGCAGAGAUGGAGGUGAUCAACAAUGGAAAGUCCAUCACAGAAGCCCGUUUGGAUGUGGACUCAGCCAGACUGAGCAUUGAGUAUUUCGCAGGACAAGCCACCACACUGUCCGGUCAGCAUGUCCAGCUACCAGGGGGUUCAUUUGCGUACACGCGCCGUGAGCCGUUCGGUGUGUGUGUGGGAAUAGGAGCCUGGAAUUACCCCUUUCAGAUCGCAGCCUGGAAAUCUGCCCCUGCCAUCGCUUGUGGCAACUCUAUGGUGUUCAAGCCGUCUCCGCUGACCCCUGUGACCGCAGUGCUGCUGGCGGAGAUUUACAGGCAGGCUGGGGCUCCUGAGGGCCUGUUCAAUGUGGUUCAGGGCGGACAGGAGACCGGCUCUCUGCUCUGUCUUCACCCUUCGGUGGAAAAAGUCUCCUUCACUGGAAGUGUGCCCACAGGAAAGAAGAUCAUGGAAAUGGCGUCUCGGGGGGUGAAAGCAGUGACGCUGGAGCUCGGGGGGAAAUCUCCACUCAUCAUCUUCGAGGACACAGACCUGGAAAACGCUGUUAGAGGAGCUCUCAUGGCCAACUUCCUCUCGCAAGGACAGGUGUGCAGUAACGGCACCAGAGUGUUUGUGCAAAGCUCGAUUGUUCCUCAAUUCCUGAAAGAGGUGGUCAGGAGAACUAAAGCUAUCAGCAUUGGAGACCCUCUGCUAGACGAGACCCGCAUGGGCGCCCUGGUCAGCAAAGCACAUCUGGAUAAAGUGCUGCGAUACGUGGAGCAAGCCAAGAACGAGGGAGCCCAAGUGCUUUGUGGAGGAGAGCCUUUCAGCCCUGCAGAUCCGAAACUAAAAGAUGGAUACUACAUGACUCCAUGUGUGCUCGACAGCUGCACUGAUGACAUGACGUGUGUGAAGGAGGAAAUAUUCGGGCCUGUGAUGUCAGUAUUGACCUUUGACACUGAAGACGAGGUUCUUCGAAGAGCAAAUGACAGCGAUCUUGGCCUCGCUGCAGGAGUCUUUACUAAAGAUGUUAAGAGAGCGCAUCGUGUUAUAGAAAACCUGCAGGCUGGAUCUUGCUUCAUCAAUAACUAUAAUAUCACUCCUGUGGAGGUGCCGUUUGGAGGAUUCAAGGCUUCAGGUAUUGGAAGGGAAAAUGGCCAGGUGACCAUUGAGUUUUACUCUCAGCUGAAGACUGUGGUGGUAGAGAUGGGAGAUGUCGACAGUCUUUUCUAAACAACGCUCACAUUUGGUCGGCUUCUAGACUCAUGACUGAAUAUUCCAGCAGGAUUAAUCUAUGUAUUCUAAAAACUGACACACUCAGUUACUGAAGUAUAUUAAUGUUCACUACCGAUGACUGAUGUUUAGCUCACAAACAUAAUUUCCUGUCAAGCAAUGGCAGCUGUCUGUGAAUAUUUCACAAUCAAGAGCCUGUAAUGUGUAAUGGUAUGAUUAUGAGAGUUUCAAUUGUUAUUUUAAAAAGCAAUGUUGUCUAUUAAACAGAGAUAAUAUGAUAUUUUGGUUAAUGCUGUGAAUAUAUGCACUAAUAUCUUUCAAUGAAAAGGUUUUGCAUCAUUGUAAUAAAGGAGCUUGUGUUUAAUGAAGGAAUAUUUCA